CCUUGUUCAUGUCAGGUGAGACAGAGCCGAAAGCCUGCCUUUACAGAGGCAUGUCUGAAGAGAUGGAACCAGAGACCCUGUGUGGCUCUAUGUCUCACCUGCACUGCAUGGACGGGGCCUUUAAGUGGAAUGACAGCAGUCGUGAUCCACCCUCUUCUCCAAGACCUCAAACACAUAUGGAUGAGGACAUAGAGAUGGGUGGAAAUGGCUCCAGUGGAAGUGGCACAGAAUCUCACAGUAACGACUCAAACAGUAAUGAAUCCAAUGGAAAUGAGUCUGUGGGCAGUUCUAGUAGAAACAGACAAGAUUCUGCAAUCAUGACUUCAUCAGGGAGCAACAAGAGCUCAAACUCACAAAGUCUUUCACCUUCCAGUAGCAAAAUUGCUUUCAGUCUGGUCAGUUCAGAGCAAGACAAUCCGUCAAGUAGUGGCUGCAGUAGUGAAAAGUCAGCAAAGGCUAAAACUCAGAAGGAGCUUUUUAAAACAAUAAAAGCACUGGAAUAUCACCUCCCUCCUGACAUGCGCAACAAGGGUCGGGCGAGCACACUUCACACUUUCAGAUACGCCCUGCGUUGCGUCAAACAAGUCAAAGCCAAUGAAGAGUACUAUCAGAUGCUCAUGAUCAAUGACAGUCAGCUCUCAGGUCUGGACGUGUCCUCAUACACUAUUGAAGAAAUCAACAGCAUUACCUCAGAAUAUACCCUCAAAAAUGCUGAUAUUUUUGCAGUUGCUGUGUCCCUGAUCACAGGGAAGAUUGUGUACAUUUCAGAACAAGCUGCUGGUAUAUUGAACUGCAGGAAGGAUGAAUUCAACGACAGAAAGUUUGUGGAGUUUUUGACACCUCGUGAUGUCAGUGUGUUCUACAGUUUCACAACACCAUACAGACUUCCGUCUUGGAGCAUGUGCACUGGAACAGAGUCUCCAUCCACAGAGUUCAUGCAAGAAAAAUCCUUCUUUUGUGUAUGUAGUGGUGGUAAAGAGAAAGAAGGGGAUCUGCAGUACUAUCCCUUCAGGAUGACUCCAUAUUUGAUGAAGGUUCAAGAUCCUGAGCUUUCAGAGGAAGUUUUCUGCUGCCUCAUACUUGCUGAGAGAGUCCACUCUGGAUAUGAAGCACCGAGAAUUCCACCUGAAAAGAGAAUCUUCACCACAACACAUACGCCAAACUGUGUGUUUCAGGAUAUUGAUGAACGGGCAGUACCUCUGUUAGGAUAUCUGCCUCAGGACUUGAUUGGAACACCUCUUCUUUCACACCUGCAUCCCAAUGACAGACCUAUAAUGCUGGCAGUGCAUCAGAAAAUUCUGCAGUAUGUUGGACAGCCGUUUGAUCACUCUUCAGUCCGAUUCUGUGUGAGAAAUGGAGAAUAUGUUACUCUUGAUACAAGCUGGUGUAGCUUUGUCAACCCAUGGAGCCGCAAAGUGUCCUUUGUGAUUGGACGGCACAAAGUUCGCAUGGGUCCAAUGAACGAGGAUGUUUUUUCAGCUCCAACUUUCACAGAGGAAAAAAUGAUUGAUUCGGAUGUGCAAGAAGUAACUGAACAGAUUCACAGACUACUCCUACAGCCUGUUCACAGGAUGGUCUCCAGUGGUUGUGGCAGUCAUGGCAGCAAUGGUUCCCAUGAGCACUUGCUUAGCAUAGCAUCCUCUAGUGACAGCAAUGGAAAUGAAAUCACAAUGUAUCGUGGGAACAGGAGCAAUGAAAAUACCAGAAAGGAAGAGGGGACUAAAAGCAAACUAAGGUCAUUUCAAGAGAUUUGUAAAGGGGUUCAGACGAUGAAGGCUCAGGAGCAGCAAUGCUUCUCUUCCAAAUCAGAACAGAAAAAGAAUUUAGACACAGGUUUUAGGUCUCCUAUUGUAAAACAGAAAGACUCUGCUCUGCCGGUCAGAGAUGGACCCGCUACAGCGAAAGAAUUCAAGGACCACACACUGCACUCAUACCAGCAAAUCAGCUGUCUGGACAGUGUGAUCAGGUAUCUGGAGAGCUGUAACAUCCCGAACACUGUAAAAAGGAAGUACCAGUUUUCCUCAAACACCACCUCCUCAAAUUCGGAUGAGGACAAGAAAACCUCUGAAGCCAGUCUUCAAGAGACUGAUGAUUUGUUAAGUAUGGAUGUGCCAACUUCUUUGUCUGUAAAGAACAGUAAAAAGUCCCCAUCAGGUACCACCUCAGAUCGUGUUGUGGGAGGGCCUUUAUCUCCUCUGGGCCUGCCCUGCAAAGCAGACAGUGUGGUGUCUCAGUGUUCCUACAGUAGCACAAUUGUGCAUGUUGGGGACAAGAAGACACAGCCAGAAUCAGAAAUCAUUGAGGAUGCAGCAGAAAGUCCAGUCCCUUCUGCACCCGUUAGUGUGGUUUCCCCACCCACAAUGAAGCAGGAAGCCUAUAAGAAGCUGGGGCUCACAAAACAGGUACUGGCGGCUUACACACAGAAGGAAGAGCAAGCAUUUCUCAGUCGCUGCAGGGAACUCCAAUAUGGUCAAUCCAUCCAGAGGGACUGCCCAUAUAGCACACAAAAAAGCAGAGGACAGGCUGCAGAAGGAGCUUGUGAAUCCAAAGCAGAACAAGGUAUCCCUGUUACAGAGGCAAGCACCAGGAAAAGUUGGCGCACCAAAAAGUCCAAGAAACUACGCACAAAACAUCCUGAUUCAUCAGAUAAUGCAGCGCCUCAGCACAGACCUCUUCCACCCUUACAGGGUUUAAACCAGACAUCUUGGUCCCCCUCUGAGACAUCACAGUCUGGGUUUUCAGUUCCAUUUUCUUCUGUGGUUCCAGGGUACCCUGUCUACCCUGUAGCUCCCUCUAUUGUCUUCCCUCAGGCCUCUAAAGGAGUAGCGGAGUCCCAGACUACUCAAGCAUCACCUUCUGCAACUGCAUAUCCCACCCCGUUAGUCACACCAGUUGUAACUUUAGUUUUGCCCAGUUUUAUGUUGCCACAGAUGAGCGCAGCAACUCAAUCUUCAUUCUGUGCUGAUACUCAGCAACCCUACAAUGCUUUCUUUCAAACUCAACCCUACAAUACCCAGCAUUCCUUUCAGCCCCAACAAGUUUAUGACCAGCAGUCCUUUCAACACCAGCAAGCCUACAAUAUCCAGCAACCAUUGCAUCCCCAACAAGUUAACACAAGCCAACAAGCCUUUCAGCCGCAACAAGCCAAUGCCACUCCCCAGCACCUUCAGAACCUUCAAGGCUGCAAUAUGCAUCAGUGCUUUCAGACUCACACCUCUUUCAUCUCCCAGCAACCAACGUUUACACCCCAGAUGCAUUUAGAGUAUGAAAUGACAUCUGAUCCCAAACCUUCCAUCACUGAGUCUAUAGAAUGUCCUACACCUGUGCCACAUCCUUACUCCCCUCCACAAUUUGAGUCUCGCUGUAGUUCUCCAUUGCAGCUGGACCUGCUUCAAAUGGAGGAAAAGCAGGACUCUCAUUCCACAGCACACCAAACCAGCAACCAGGGUAACUGCAGUUCAGUACAAGACAAACCCACCACAUCCGUUAAUAGUAAUUCUUCUUCAGCGAUGGAUCACUUAACACAGGCAUGUUGUUUAAGUAAAGGUAGCAACAGUGGUGACCACUCUUCAUCCAGCAGUGUGUUGGAACUGUUGUUGCAGGAAGACUCUCAUUCAGGCACAGGUUCUGCCAUGUCAGCAUCCACUGGAUCUGCAUCCAAUGAUUGCAACACCACCAAAAGUGGAACAGGAAGCAAUACAAGCAAGUAUUUUGGCAGCGUGGACUCUUCAGAGAGCAAUCACAAGAGCAAAGAAAUAGUAAAGGAGCAAGAGCAGAGUUUUGCCAAGUAUGUUAAUCAAGAGCAUGGAUGGACACUAAUGGCUAAUGAUGAUGACUCUGUCAUGAUGACUUAUCAAGUGUCAUCAAGGAACAUGGAAAAGGUUCUGGUCGAAGACCGGGAACGUUUAAGGCGUAUGCAGAAGAACCAGCCCCGUUUCUCCUCAGAACAGCGUCGAGAACUUAUUGAUCAGCACCCCUGGAUGAGAAGGGGAGGCCUACCCAAUGCCAUCAACAUAAUGGAGUGCAUGUACUGCGAGAAUGACAUUUCUGCCCCUCUGGGAGACCUGCCAGAUAUGGAGUUAGGCUUUUUGGGUGGAGAUUUGGUACGAGAUGGACGCUUCCAUUCACGGGAAGUGAAGAAACAACCUAGUGGAUAAUUUUCAGCCAGCAGAUAGCAACAGCACCCUAACAGGUUUACACUUGUGCACACCAAGUAAAAUUGUCACAAGGUAUUUAAGAUAUCUUUGUCAGUUGAUUAUGAAUGUGUUUAUUGACGUGCAAUAGUGUACUAGACGGCUGCCUGAUCAACCCAAAGAUGCGGUUCAAAUGUACAAUUGAUUGGAGCUUCAGUCACUUGGCCUUGACAAUCUGACUGUGCUCUGCAAUUUUUGUCUCUUAAGAGUUUCUUCAGAUCUCUUGUACUGAUUUAUUAUGUAGCAAUUCUUUCCACAAUGGAGUUAUGCACAUGCAUUUUGCCAGACUACAUUCAUACCAGCUGUGGGAAUGAUAUUAUAUAGCAAUGACAUUUUUCUAGGCAUUGUCACAGUGGAAUUGUCCUUAAGAACAUUUGGCAGAGGUUUGAGAUCGUAUGCCCUUCCUAGCCCAGUACUGAAUGCUGGGAUACAUAUACACAUAUUAAAGUUAUUGUAUCCAAGCAACUUGGAUAUCAUCUGAUUGUGGUGGGAAAAGCACCACGUCGACACAGGGAUAACGUGCAAUCUCGAAAAUGAAAGGACUAGGGAUGUUCUUGCUGUGAAGUUACAGUGGUAUCCACUGAGCCACCAUGCCACCCAUGUGAAGCACUUUUUUUAUUAUUUAUAAAUGGAAACAUUUAACAGACACAGCAGUAUAUGGGUCAAUACUAAUGAAUCUAGCAAAUCAUCUAAACUGUGAGUUUAGGGACCAUUCCAGCCAAAUAAGCUGGUGCCAUCAAUACAUGAUCUGUCUUUUCCACUACACGGCCCUCACUUUUUUUAUUACAACAUGCAUAAGAAAAGUUUGUUGUGGGCAUUCAGGGAUCUGCAAUCAUUGUAACUAAUAUUUUUGGACAUGAUUUGUAGGCUAUAAAGAAAUUGAUUAUCUUUAUUCCUUUUGCCCUCUUUAUCCCUUUUGUCUUCGUGUUUUAUAAAUCUAUUCACACUGCAGUAAUCCUGCAAAGAUGUCAGGGCACCAGUGUUCUGAAUCUAGGAAUCUGGUUUUAUUUUAUAUCAUUUUGAAAAAGUCUGAUGUGUCAAAAAUCCACAAUGUCUGGCCAUUCCUGUACCUGAAAUACAAUGCUACUGUUGUCUGAAAUUCAAUGUACUUCAGGGCCAGUAGACCUGUUUCUGAUUUGUUGAAGCAUAUAUGACACGAAAGGAGGCAUAGGAUUACAGAAGCUUAACAAACUGCUUACAUUUUUUCUGUCAGUAGAGAUUUACUUUAAAUUUGUUUGAUGUCAUUAUGUUUCUGUAUAUUUCUCAACUUAUUUUUUUCAUAAAUGUCAUAUUAUUCUUACUUUGUAAUUAAAAGAUAUAUCUAAAACAA